AUGUGCGAUAAAGUUGGCAGGUGCGAGCAGUGGCAGCUCGUGUUUGUGGCUUGGUGCCUUUCUAGAGUGACAUAUCCUGGCUCGAAUGAAUUAGAGUAUACGCUAUCCAAUAGGAAUGGCCUAUUUUACCUUUCCUCUCCCCAAUCGGCCAAGCCUUUGUACCUAGUCCAAAGUACUAAGUACCUCGGCUUCACAGCAUCCUUGACCAAGACUCCAAACCUAUACUGUAUUGCCGAGCAUUUGGAACUUCGCUCGACCGGCCCCGCUCUCUCGGUCUCACAUAUCAACGCCUUCUCAUCAGCCAGCAUGGAGUAUCCUUCUUAUAGCAAUUCAGUCAUCUGCCCAGCGCUUGAUAUUGCGCCCGCCAACGCGCCACCUGAUCUGUUCGCUUCAGAGCUCUCCUUCUUUGCUUCACAUCCUUGGACUGCUUCUCUGCUGUCCGCACCGGAUACAAUCCCGUUUCUCCCAUCGUGUCGAAACCCUCAAUCAUCUGCGCAUGAUCAGCUUUUUGGAAACUCGCUUAAUAAUGCUCGUGGCUUGACGCAUUUCCUCAGCUAUUUCCGUGCGCCAAGUGUUGAGGUUGCCAAGGAUCCAUCGCACAAUAUCACUGAGAUUGUUGUGCUGGUAUCAGUGGGAGAGGGCGUGAGCGGGUAUCCUGGUAUUGUGCACGGCGGCAUCGUUACAGCUCUCUUGGACGAAUCUAUGGGGACUAUCUUCGAUCUGAACGGCACAUUAGGUAAAGAUGCCAGAGCGUUCAAAACGUCCAAUGUAACAGGUGGAAUAGACGUAAAGUUUCUGAAACACGUGCCAACGGAUAGUGUUCUUUGUAUCACAGCUAUUGCAGAGAAAAUCGAUGGUCGAAAGACCACAGUUAGGGGUGAGAUGAAGGACGAGCAAGGGCAGCUGUUGGCAAGUUGCUCAAGCAAGUGGGUAGCGCUGAAGCCAAGCCUCUGA